AAUUCUGGCCUCAAAUCCGCCAACGGGACGCACGAUUCCCCAAGCGUAAAACCACGGUAGUAGCGUCGCUGCUGUGAGUCUGAGCCUUAGGUUUUAGGGUUAGGGUUUUUCCUUUCCGCUCUCCUCCGGCUAUGGAUCCCACCUCGAAGAAACGCAAGUCCGACGAGAACGGCGCCGUCGUGGCCUCUCCGGCCCUGCUGACGCCCGAGGAUGCCCGCAAGAUCGUGGAGCCCUUCACACGCGAGCAUCUCCUUGACAUCGUCCGGGAGGCCAUGUGCCGCGACGCCGGCGUCCUUGACGCCGUCCGAGCCAUUGCCGACCGUGACCCGGCCCAGCGCAAACUUUUCAUCCGUGGCCUCGGCUGGGAGACCACCACCGAGUCUCUCCGCAACCUCUUCUCCUCGUACGGUGAGCUCGAGGAGGCUGUCGUCAUCGUUGACAAGGCUACGGGCAAGAGCAAGGGCUACGGUUUUAUCACCUUCCGCCACAUCGAUGGCGCUCUGCUUGCCCUCAAGGAGCCGUCCAAGAAGAUCGACGGCCGCAUGACCGUCACGCAGCUCGCCGCCGCCGGCACCACCGCCGCCGCUCCUCCCGCCAUCGACGUCUCGCUGCGCAAGAUCUAUGUCGGAAACGUCCCCGCUGACAUGCCCUCCGACCGCCUCCUCGCCCACUUCUCCUCCUACGGGGAGAUUGAGGAGGGGCCGCUGGGGUUCGACAAGCAGACGGGAAAGUUCCGGGGGUUUGCGCUCUUCGUCUACAAGACAGCCGAGGGAGCUGGGGCAUCGCUAGUCGACCCCACCAAGAACAUCGAUGGGCAUCAUCUGGUGUGCAAACUUGCGAUUGACGGGAAGAAGGUAAAGCCAGGGGCUCCAGCCGCGGGUGCUGCUGCUCCGGUGGGUGGAGUCCAGGGCCAGCGGAUGGGAGGCGGGGCUGAUAUCGGGGGGGAUGGGCUCGGAAUGGGUCACCAGUCCUCUUUGCCAGGUUCUUUCGGGGGUUACUCUGGCGGUGGGAUACCAGGUGCUGCUGGUCUGGGUCAACAUCAUCACCCAUCGUCAAUUGGUGCGGGCACUCCCGGUCUGUCAUCGGUUGGAAGCCAGGUGCCUGGAGCUGGAGGCUAUGGAGGAGGCCUUGGAGGACCUUAUGGGGCUUCCUCGCAGUAUGAUGGUCCUGGCUAUGGUGGUUUUGGCGGAGGAUCAUCUUUGUAUCGCAUGCCACCAAGCUCUGUUGGGAUGCCCUCUGGUGGUUAUCCUGAGAGCGGGCAUUACCCGCUGUCAUCAUCUGCUUACCAGAGCCAGCACCGUCCACCGACUGGUUCAUCUCCUGGAGCUAGAGUUCCAAGUGGAGGAGGGCUUUAUCAGAACCCUUUCUACUAGGGUGUAUGACAACUCUUGGGAGCAAAUUCUUUGACUGGUUGUGCUGAAUGCAGACUUGUUAUCUACUUUUUUGAUGAAUGGCUUGCAAAUUUACUGGAUACUUCUCUGCUUCUCUGCUCUGCUAUGCAGUUUGCUCUGAGUGUUAGCUGCUGGGAAUUAUUAAGAGUAGUGUAGAACUUCUGAAAUUGUGAAAAAGCUCCAUAACUGCAAGACCUGUACUUUUGUGUCUGCAAUUAUAUUGAAGUUUUCUCCAUGACAAAUUUAAAAAUGCACUUGUUUGUUACUUAUGCUUUGUAUUUUGUUGUGAAGUGAUCUUUUCCUUGCUUUUCUUUAUAAAUACUGGAUGGCCUUGUUGCGAGUCCUGA